AUGGAGGCGAACAACUCCCUCCCACGGCCUGCUGCCUCCGUGGAUACAAAUAGUAGUAAGAAGAGAAAACGCCCUAAAGAUGUGCCUUCGCAUACAAGGAUCCUGGCCGCCUGUGACGCAUGCCGCGUGAGCAAGACACGGUGCGACUCUGCUCGCCCGACUUGCGCAAAGUGCGCCGAGCGUGGCCUGGGCUGCAAUUAUCCUGAUAAAGACCCCUUCUCAAUAUUCGAAACCUGGGGCAAGAAAAUCUUGACGGCCGUGGAGGAGCAGGGCCGCCUCCUGUCCAAUCUCUCAGAAGCUGGCCGCAAUGCCCUCCAGCCGCGCCCCGACCAGCUGGCUCGCCUUCUGGACAUGGACGGAGAUAAUCUGGAGACCAUGUCGCGAAAAGACACUCCUUGGACACCAAUCACUGGCUCUGACAUGAUCCUGGGCUGGUCUGUAUUUCCACAGGAGCGGCCGGUCAGCACGUUUCCCUCGUCAGAAUAUGCCGAGAAGCCGAAGCCCUCCGACCUUGAAGUGUCAAACCCGUCGCCAGAACGCAUGUUUGAGCUGCGGGACAUCUACAUGAGCAAGAUCCAAGGAAAGAAUCCCAUUGUCGAUGCCGACCAGCUUGAUGCUCACAUUGCAUAUGUCCUGGAAAAUGGCUUUGGCUGGUCAGCCACCUCAUGCCUCGUGCUCCUGGUGUUUGCGUUGGCCGCCGUCUGGGGCAACUACCCCGAUGAUGAGCGACGGAGUAUAGAGUCAGACGAGGAGUUAGACAUUUAUCCCAGGCAGCGUGUCACCAUGGCCGUGCCUGACCAUCGCAUGAGAGAGUCUCUGAUGUACAUUGCCAUGGCACAGAAGCGAAUGUCCACGGCGUAUCUAGACGAUUCGUUGCUGGGCGUCGUGUGCUUUUGUCUCUUUGGAAUGUGGUAUCAGUACAACAUUGAACCCAUACCUGGGUGGAAAAUGUUCCGAACAGCGUCCAUGAUGUGGGAGGCAUACAACUUGAAGCAUUCCGAUGGGAAGACGCACCGGCCGAAGCAGGAAGAGAGUCUUGAACAGCGACUCUACUGGACGUGUCUCAAAUCCGAAUGCGAGGUGCGACACGAGCUCAACGGCCUUCCCUCGUGCACGUUACAAGAAUCAUCAUUCCCCUACGCGCUCCCCACGUUUCCAACGAUUGAGAGCUUCGGACAAAGCCCCGUCGAUCGUCCUGACGCCUCCAUAGUGCAUUCCACCACACUGUCUUACUACUACUACCUUGCUGAGAUAUCUCUACGCCGCCUGCUCAACCGCACACGCAGCGCCGCCACCGUACUAUCACCAAACAUCGACUCCCUUACCGCCUCUCAGCUCGCCGACACACUGCAGAAACUCGAGGGCCAGCUGCAGCAGUGGCUCGACUGCCUGCCGCCAGCUCUCCGAUUCCACAUCCCACCCGAGUCACACCCGCCACCGGACGAGCCCGAACUCGUCAAACUCAUGCGCGAGCGGUACGCCGAGGUCCGCGAGCUCCUCUGCCGCGCCUACUUGUACAUGUGCCUUCACGGCGGCAUGCGGCUGACGCGCUCCCAAGCCGAAACAUUCGGCGCUCACGCUUCGUUGGGGCUGAGACUAAGCAUCUAUCGGAUCCAGACCGAAAACCCCUUCUUCCGCCACCCCGGAUCGUGGGGUGCCUGCCGCGUGCGAUUCAACCACGCUCUAUGCCUGAUUGCGGCAUUUCGGGGGAAGCAGGCUGGUGUGGAGUCUGCGGCGCAUGUCAUCGUGCCACCGCUGUGGCGAGAAUGCGUGGGCAUGGUUCAGGAGAGGCUGGAGACAUGGGGUGAUCAGGGAGGGGGCAUCCGGGAAUUGGCAGUCUUGCUGGGCUGGUUGCUGAAGCAGUAA